UCGUUGGAUGCGAAUACGCAAACAAAUCAAAUCAAUAAGGAAGAGUAGACUUGAAUCCAAACUCGAUGGAAGAAGAAAGAAGACCAACAUCCAAGGCAACUUAUAUACCCUUUUAUCUUUAUCUGGGCCGAUCGGCAGAAAACUGAUAUGCAGUUGCUCGGAUCUUAUUCAAGCUGAGUUGACGUUGUUGAGUUCGCGUUGCCCCACCCCCUCUUCUCUCCCAUGUGCCUUGUUAUUCCCUCCAAUCCUCCGCUUUUCCGCCGGCAUCAACAUGUGUAGAUCUGCGGAUUCCUCGCAAUUCGUUUAUCGCAUAGAACCGCCUUUUUUUCGGUUGCAAACGAGAUUAUUGCGGUCAAGGGGGGUUUAUGCGAUCUAUUUUUAA